AAGGGCCCGGGGUGGCUGGGUCAGCUCACGCCGCUGCUCGGGUGGACGGUCAGCGGGCACGUCCGCGAUGUGCGGAAUCUUCGCUUACAUGAACUACAGGGUUCCUCGCACGAGGAAGGAGAUCUUCGAGACUCUCAUCAGAGGUCUGCAGCGGCUGGAGUACCGAGGCUAUGACUCUGCAGGUGUGGCCAUCGACGGGAGCAACGGGGAAGUCAAGGAGCGGCACAUCCAGCUUGUCAAGAAAACGGGCAACGUCAAGGCGCUGGACGAGGAGCUCUACAAACAGAACAGUAUGGACUUAAAGAUGGAGUUUGAGACCCACUUCGGCAUUGCCCACACACGCUGGGCCACCCACGGGGUCCCCAAUGCUGUCAACAGCCACCCACAGCGCUCCGACAGAGACAACGAAUUUGUCGUCAUCCACAACGGAAUCAUCACGAAUUACAAGGACCUGAGGAAGUUUCUGGAAAGCAAAGGCUACGAGUUUGAGUCAGAAACAGACACGGAGACCAUCGCCAAGCUCAUCAAGUACGUGUUCGACAACCGAGAGACCGAGGACGUUUCCUUCUCGACCCUGGUGGAGCGGGUCAUCCAGCAGCUGGAAGGUGCAUUUGCUUUGGUUUUCAAGAGUGUUCACUACCCAGGAGAGGCUGUCGUCACCAGGAGAGGCAGCCCCCUGCUUAUUGGCGUGCGUAGCAAAUUCAAACUCUCCACUGAGCAGAUACCCAUCCUGUACCAGACCCGGAAUAUUGAGAAUGUGAAGAAUAUCUCCAAGACCAGGAUGAAGCGGCUGGACAGCUCCACGUGUCUGCAUGCCGUCGGGGACAAGGCUGUGGAAUUCUUCUUUGCUUCCGAUGCCAGCGCCAUCAUUGAGCACACAAACCGUGUCAUCUUCCUGGAGGAUGACGACAUCGCCGCCGUGGCUGACGGGAAACUCUCCAUCCACCGUGUCAAGCGUCUGGCCAGCGACGACCCUUCCCGAGCCAUUCAGACGCUGCAGAUGGAACUCCAGCAGAUCAUGAAAGGAAACUUCAGUGCCUUUAUGCAGAAGGAGAUCUUUGAGCAGCCCGAGUCCGUUUUCAACACCAUGAGAGGGCGAGUGAACUUUGAGACCAACACAGUGCUCCUGGGUGGCCUGAAAGACCAUUUGAAGGAGAUUCGACGGUGCCGGAGACUCAUCAUGAUCGGCUGUGGGACCAGCUACCACGCCGGGGUGGCCACCCGGCAGGUCUUGGAGGAACUGACCGAGCUGCCCGUGAUGGUGGAACUUGCCAGUGACUUCCUAGAUCGGAACACGCCCGUGUUCAGGGAUGAUGUGUGCUUCUUCAUCAGCCAGUCAGGUGAGACAGCUGAUACCCUCCUGGCGCUGCGCUACUGCAAGGACCGCGGAGCGCUGACUGUGGGCGUCACCAACACGGUGGGCAGCUCCAUCUCCAGGGAGACCGACUGCGGGGUCCACAUCAACGCAGGGCCCGAGGUGGGCGUGGCCAGCACCAAGGCCUAUACCAGCCAGUUCAUCUCCCUGGUGAUGUUCGGGCUGAUGAUGUCUCAGGACCGCAUCUCGCUGCAGAGCAGGAGGCGGGAGAUCGUCCUGGGGCUGAAGUCCCUGCCUGAGCUUAUCAAGGAAGUCUUGGCACUGGACCAGAAGAUUCAUGACCUGGCCCUGGAGCUGUACACGCAGAGGUCACUCCUGGUCAUGGGCCGCGGCUACAACUAUGCCACCUGCCUGGAGGGAGCCCUGAAAAUCAAAGAGAUCACCUACAUGCACUCGGAGGGGAUCCUGGCCGGCGAGCUGAAGCACGGGCCGCUGGCCCUCAUCGACAAGCAGAUGCCUGUGAUCAUGGUCAUCAUGAAGGACCCCUGCUUCGCCAAGUGCCAGAACGCCCUGCAGCAGAUCACGGCGCGCCAGGGGCGUCCCAUCAUCCUGUGCUCCCGGGACGACACGGAGAGCUCCAAGUUCGCCUACAGGACCAUCGAAUUGCCGCGCACGGUGGACUGCCUGCAGGGUGUCCUCAGCGUGAUUCCCCUGCAGCUCCUCUCUUUCCACCUGGCCGUUCUCCGAGGCUAUGACGUGGACUUCCCCAGGAAUCUGGCCAAGUCUGUCACAGUGGAGUGAGGACCCGGAGCAGCGGGAUCAUUCGCCCACCGGGUGCCUGAUCAAGCUUCGCCUCAGCCGCUUGUGCCUUGCAGCCCAAGUGCUUUGCUUACAGCAGAAACUGUUUCUCCCGCGUGGCCAGGAGAAAGGGAGUCACUGUUUACACCUGGGGACCAGAGCUGACUUUUUGUUUUGUUUUGUUUUGUUUUGUUUUGUUUUGUUCCCUCUUCCCACUACUGUGCAAUACAGAAAGCCAACAAGUCCCUCUCGGAGCAACUGUGAACCCUUUCUGUCUUUUGUUUGUCCUGUUUUGGGAUUUUGGUUUUGGGGCCACACCCAGGGUUCCCUCCUGGAUCUGCACUCAUGUAUCAUUCCUGACUUAUAUGGUGUCGGGGAUGGAACCCAGGUCACCUGCAUGCCGGACUGGUACUUUACCUGCUGUACUACCGCUCCGGCCCCUGUGAGGCUUUUUGGAAACCAACAUGGGUUCAUUUUGAAAGACAGAAUAUUUAUUAGGACAAAUGUAUAGCCUUUAAGUUAUUUUUCUAUUAUAUGGCUCUCUGUGGCCCAGAUAAUGCACCCUCUGAUCAGCUGGUGUUCGGGCGUGCAAACGGGGCAUUGAUUCAUCUCAGACCUGAGCACAAUUCCAGCCCCUUAGACCCCCACAACCACCAUCUGCUCCCUUCCCUUUCACCCCUAGCUGGUCCUGACCAUGAUGGUGAAGGAUGCUUCUUCAGAAAGUUCUCUGGGAAAUUCCAGCGCCUUCAAAGAUUUCAUCUUGGUGGAAAUCUCUUCACUUUUCGCAUCUCCUCUUUUAGAUCAGACUGUGGUUCUUUCCCACUGUCCCACUACCCCUCAGAUCACGGUUCCUUCCCGCAUCCUCGUUACCCAGACAGCGGAUAUGUUUUGAUGAUUUGGUCCCUACCUCUUGCCCAUGAGGAAAACAGCUGUGGAAGCACCCAGUUGAGAUUGUUCCCAGUGGGGUUCCCAGGCCCUCUACUGAAAAGCAGCACCUACUACUAUGCAAUUUUAAAAUAAUAAAGACUCUAUACUUU